CCAGAGAAAGAAGAUUUGGCUUUUGCUACAUUGCCAUCCUGAGACAAAUCUCUGUAAACUCUGCUUAAGAGCCUCUGCUUAAUUUCCUGUCUGCUUUCUUUCUAAGGCCACACAUCUCACAGCUGACAACUUGGCAACACUGAUGAAAUGCUCACUGGAGAGCCAGACGACAUACCCGGUAGAGGUGUGGACGCUUCUCUUCCAAAAAGCUUCGUCUGCACUAGACCAGGCUCUGGAGUCAUUUGCCACCAUGGUAAAUCCAAUCCCACAAUUUCACCAAAACUGUGUUUCCCUGUGUGGAUUCUGUGUAAAAACCAAAAUGACUUUUCCAAUCCUAGGCCCCCAACAACAGCAACCCGUCCCUGUCGCAUGCUCUCGAGGCUCUUGGACAGGUGAGAAUUGCCAGCUUCAGCCAGGCACAGCUGCAGAGCGUUAGCUUUGUCAGCAGCUGGUUCAUGACAAACAUCCGUCCGUUUUUGGCCUCUUCGUCGCCCAACUUCCUAUUCUGCCUGAGCUCCAAGAACUUCAGCUGCGAUACCUACCGCACUGUCAUCAAGGCCUUCAGCAGCCAGGCGCCAUUCAUGGACAGAGAAAGACAACAAACAGUCUUGACUUAUUUCAUCAAACCAUUCCUCUCAAGAAAUGACUCAUCAGGUAAAGGCAGGAGCUCAAGCUCAAUUUGGUAAAGUCUCGGUGGUAUGUAGUGGUAGUACCUUGCCAACGCCUUUGUUUCUAUCGUCUUUGCAGAUCCUGGCUGUGUCUCAUCCGUCAGAGGCAGUAAACAGUGGCUGGAGGCAAACUUUGGCGCCUACUCUGGUUUUGCAACACUCCGCGAUUUGCAAGCCCUCAAUCCCAACUUUUCAAGUGUGAGUGGCAACUGCAGUUGUAAUAUUCUUCCCCUCCCAAACUGGAACCUCUUAGCCAUGGUUUUGCAAUCACUGCUGUUUGAUUUCAUAUUGAUUUCCUUUGGCAGGCGGAAGCGUUGUCAGUGCUCACUCCUGCUCAGGUGGCACAGCUGACACUGAGCUCAGGGGCCUUGAAUGACACAGACCAAAUCGACCACGUGUUUGAGCGACUUGAGGAGGGCAAUGCUCUGGAAAAUGUGGAUGAAUUCCUGGAAGAGCUGACAGCAAAUGGAAAGGUAGGCUACAUUUGACACUGGGGCAAGAAGGACAAUCCUGGGCUUUUAGAUAUGGAUCAACGCCUCUACAGCAGUUGUUGGGGACUCAUUCACAUCAAACAUUUACUUACAUCCCAUCUAGUCUCCUGUGAGGAGUACUUGCAGCAUGUAAACUGUGUGGUGUUUAAGUCUUCCUGUGUUGUCAUUUGACAGGACCCUGAUUUCCAACCUGCUGUGAGAGAUCACCUAAUGAACAGGACCUUCAGCAUCAUCGCUCCCCAUUUCCCCAAGUUCAAGACAGACGACUGGUUCGCUUGGUUCCACGUGAAGCUGGUUACUCUGCUCCCAAGUUUCAGCGCAGUGAUGCUCAAGAAUGCUACCUCAGAUAUAAACUGCACAAACUACCAUGUUGUGUAAGUAACAUUUUACAAACAAGCAGGAUUGCAUCGCACCAAAGUACAAAAUGACUAAUGAGGAACUGCGUACAAAUGUUUUCUCUGGCCCUUUGCAGUGUGAGCGGGAUGGCCAAAGCUUUCCCUUCAAUAUCCUCGCAGGGACAAGAAGAAAUCACAGAUGUAAUGGUGGGCUACCUGAAAAAAUCUGUCAGUGUCAUCAACACGCCAGUUUGCAGGCAGGGAAUUCAGAGUGAUGCCCAGUGGCUUGAGAAAAACUUGGGUCCAUUUUCCACACGUGCUAAAUACUCUGACCUCAAAGUAUUCAACAUCUCUGGGGUGGCAGUUGUGGAAAACCUCUCACCAAAGCAGAAAGCUGAGCUGAUCCUGGAUCCAGACAGUAACGCUUUGGAGAAUGAGAACAUCGUAAGAGAGGUGUUCACAAGCUUGACAGAGUCCCCUGAUACUGAGCAGCUCAGUCAGUUUUUCCAGGCUUACAGUGACAUCAACAAGCAGAGAAACAUCACCAUCGUGGAAAAUCCAGCUGUACGAGACAUCAUCUUGAACCUGACCUUGACAGCCCUUGCUCCUGAAUUUGAAGACUUUGGGCCUGAAGACUAUAAGCUGUGGUUCCAGGUCUAUUUGGUCACUGUGAUGGCCAGCCUCCAUCCUGGCAGCUUGGCGGUGAUCCCCAGUAACAUCAGUUGUGCAUCCUACGCAGCCAUGUACGAAAUCAUAUUUCUCAAGUCCAAAGUCAGACACUUUGGAUUUUGCACGAUGUCAAAGUGUGGCUUCAGACAAGUCACAAAAAUGUGUGUUUUCUUCCCUCAGACUCACUGGCCUCGAGCAAAGUUUGAAAAUCCUGCCACUGCUGCUUUCACGGGGUGUGAGAUCAAGCAGAGAGUCACUCAAGGAGACAUUCGCACAGAUUCCUUCAAGUGCAAGGAGACCCUGGUCGAUGAUCACAACUCCAACAAACUGUGUCUAUGGGCAUUUCCUCUGAAGCCCUGUGCAAUUUUACCAUCACUGCGCACGCCUGUUCCUCGGUAG